AUGAGCCACAUCUCCCGCAGCGCCAGCUUGCUCGCUCUUCCCGAAGAGCUCUUAAUCGCUGUAUUCACGCACCUCGCCCUCCGCGAGCUGCUGAGGUGCACCCAGACCUGCAAGCGCAUCCACGACACCGUCGCCCGUUCGCUCGAGCUCCAAUAUCAGAUCGAACUCGCCGUAGACCGGCUCAUCGACGUCCACCCGCAGCUCCCCUUUGUUCGUCCUCCACCCCCGGACGCCAACGCCACAAGGCCGUCGUACGCUCUGCUCCCGACGGCGGAACGGCUCGCCGCGCUGUUCGACCGCCGCGCGCGCUGGCGUCGGCUCGCGUGGCGCCGGAGAGAGUCUUUCCACCUCCCAGGCCCGUGCCAGGCGUACGAGCUUGUCGGAGGCGUGUUCGCGCUCUCGUUGAGCAUGCACCACCUCGCCCUGCUCCGCCUCCCGGACGCGGCGCACGCGGGCGACCAGCUCGAGCGGCCCGAGGCGCAGGCGCGGGUGCGCGACUUUGCGAUCGACCCGAGUCAGGACCUUGUGGCGUUCGUGUCUAUUGACCUUCGAUUCUGUAGGAUCACCCUGGCACUUCACCGGAUCAGCGACGACAAACCCCACCCGGACGCAACCAGGAAGGUGCUCGAGGUGCUCACGCCGGUGACCAUGCACUCGAUCAAUUUCAUCCAGAUCGCCGACGACGUCAUCGGCCUAUUCUUCCUCGCCCACAGUCCGUGCUUCCUCGUCUGGAACUGGCGCACCGGAAUCCUCGCUGUGAAUUGCUGCAGCUUUGAGAUCCCCGUCGACACGUUCGACAUCGCCUUCCUGUCCAACCGCAGCUACAUGCUCACCCUCGCAGCUGGUUCCGGCUCCAUCGAGAUCUACUCCUUCACCUGCGACGGUGACGAAGGUGCCCCAGCCCUCCCUCCGUCCCCGGCUACGGGCUCCGAACUCCUCGCCAUGUUCAUGCCAAUCCGGCCUCCGACCCAAGUCGCCCGUCUCGCGCUGCCGCCGACGCAACCGGGCCAGGUCCUCCGGCGGUUCAGCACGCACGGGCCGCCGCGCGUCGCGCGUCCGGACCCCCGCGCGCAGUUCGCGCCCGCGCCGGAGACGGACGUGCACCUGAUGGAGCUCCGGUACGGGGACCGGCUCGAGGGCUUCAACCUGUUCGUCCUCAACCGGUUCCUGCUCUCGCUCGUGCGUGAGUGGAAGGCGCUCGGGCGCGCGGACGCGGGCCCCGUCGUUCGGGAGUGGGAGGAGUGGGGGGUGGAGAACACGCGGAUGAUGGGGCUCCUCGCGCCGUUCCGGUGGCUGCGGUACAUCCACGGCUCGCGCGUCGUCUUCCCGCCGUCGCCGCUGUGGCUGAACGGCGUGGAGCAGCAGACCCCAGCGCUCAUCCUCGUCGCCUUCGACUUCAACGUGGACCCGAAGCGGCCGCCGUCGCCCGCGUACCUCGCCGCGCACGAGGCGCAGUACGCGCGGGCGGGCGAGCGCGAGCCGGCGCUGCAGGCACUGCCGACGUGGGUCGAGGCGCCGGCGUUCGUGGCCCCAGUCGAGACGCGGCUUCCGUACCUGGUGACGACGCGCGUGGGCGCGGAAGGCGAGUUCGAGGGGUACACCGGGUUCAUGGUCGACGGGGACAGGCUGCUGGGGCUGAAGGUGAGAGCGAACGUCGUGAACCGCUGUGCCGAGUAG